UAUGUUAUAUUCAGUUAUAUUGCAGUAGUUCAAUUAUUAUUCGGGUUUUACUUUUGAACUUCUACAUUAGCCUCACUUUAAAUUGCUGAGAUGUUUGAAUAAAGCUAGAUAGUAAGAUACAAAUGGCUUUUUGUAAGCAAUUUUCAAGAUUAAUAAGUUUGAAAAAUUUAAUUCAAGCAAGGGCUCUACAUCAUCCAUUUCGAAAGGAAGUCCACGAAGAUAUUCAUAAACGUGUUUGGAUUGUUUUCCUUACAGAACACAGUUUACAUACCAGUAACUGUAUUUUUAAAAGAAGAAAGACAAAUGAAGAGCGUAAAGCAGGUGCAAUCAAAGGAUUGCCUCCUAAAUCAAAGGCUGAAGUAAUCAGUAUUUGGCCUAAUAUUACUGCUUCUGAAUUAUCAGAAGUUUUAAACAGUGAUUUACAAUAUGUUUAUGACAUAUUUCUGGGCUCAGUUAAUAAACCCUAUCAAAUAAUUAGUAACAUGAAAGAGCUUCAGCUUGCUCUUCAUAGAGCUGGAAAACGGAUGCGAAUAAUUGGCAAACCUAAGAAUAACAUAGAAAAAAUAAAAGAUGCAGAUGUUUAUCCACGUCCUCCUGCUCCUAAAUCAGCAUUAAAACCGAGACCUCCUAUUGUAACAGUCAUGGGACAUGUUGAUCAUGGGAAGACCACACUGUUAGAUGCCCUCCGUCAAUCGAAUGUUGUCCAGCAAGAAUUUGGCGGAAUAACACAACAUAUUGGCGCCUUUUCUGUUACCUUGUUUUCUGGUGCCAAAGUUACUUUUCUAGAUACACCAGGACAUGCAGCGUUUACGUCGAUGCGAGCUCGUGGAGCCAACAUUACAGACAUUGUAGUUCUUGUAGUUGCGGCAGACGAUGGUGUCAUGGAACAGACUUUAGAAUCAAUUAGAAUGGCCAGAGAAGCAAGGGUACCUAUUCUGGUAGCAAUAAAUAAAAUAGAUUCACAUAAAGCUGAUGUAGAAAGAACAGAACAGAUGUUGGUAGAAGCAGGAAUUCAAGUAGAACGCCUAGGAGGUGAUGUGCAAGCUGUACCUAUAUCAGCUUUGAAACAGGUAAAUUUAGAUAAAUUGACAGAAGCUCUGGUUCUUCAAGCAGAAGUUAUGGAAAUUGGAGCAGAUCCUACUGGACCUGUAGAAGCCACGGUGAUCGAUAGUAAAAUUCAUAAAUACAGGGGAAGACUUUGUACAGUUGUCGUACAAAGAGGAACCUUAAAGAAAGGUGAUAUUCUUAUUGCGGACACAUGCUUCGCUAAAGUACGAGCGUUAAAAGACGAAAAAGGGAACAUUCUAGAGAGCGUUGCUCCGGGAUUUCCAGCAGAAAUAGAGGGCUGGCGAGAUCUUCCACCAGCUGGUGAACUAGUACUUCAAGUCGAUUCGGAAAAACGUGCAAAAAGUGCAAUCCGAGCGAGAGAAGAGAAGAAAGAAUUAAAAAGAGCUGAAGAAGAUCUAAAAUAUAUCAAAGAAAAAGAAGAACAACAUCUUCGGGAAUACAAGAAAAAGCUGCAGCUAAAACAAAAGAUUGGAAGAAGGCGUUUGAAAAGCGAAGGUCCCAGAAAACCGGAAAUAGCUCCAGAAAGUGGCCCUCCAACAUUUCAUGUAGUUGUCAAAGGGGAUGUUGAUGGUACAGUGGAAGCAAUUUUGGAUACUCUAGAUACUUAUGAGUCAGAAGAUGUCAAAUUAUCUUUAAUACAUUUUGAUGUGGGAUCAGUUACGGAAAAUGACGUUGAACUUGCUGAAAUGUUUAAAGGGACAAUCUAUGCCUUCAAUGUUGAUAUUCCACUUCCCAUACAACAAAUGGCCGACAAUGUUGGAGUUCCUGUUAAAAAACAUAAUGUCAUAUACAAACUCAUAGAUGACGUAAAAGAAGAAAUAAAUUCUAGACUGCCUCCCAAAGAAGUUGAAGAGAUACUGGGUGAAGCUACAGCUUUGCAACAAUUUUUCAUAAAUGAAAAAAGGAAAAAAGUAGCCGUAGCAGGCUGCAGAUGUAUAAAAGGAUUUCUGAAGAAAUCAGCAAAGUAUAGAGUAAAACGAAAAGAUGAAGUUAUUUUUGAAGGUUCUUUGGCGUCAAUGAGACAUUUGAAAGAGGAAGUAGAUACAAUAAAAAAUAAUAUGGAGUGCGGACUAUUGUUUUCUGAUAAAGAUUUUAUUGUAGAACCGGGAGACAUAAUAAUUUGUUAUGAAAAACGGUUAGAACCUCAAAAAUCCGAUUGGGAUCCAGGAUUUUAAAUUAUGUAUUAGUUUAAAUUAAGUGUGAAAUAACUUAAUUUGUAUAUAUAAUUAUAUAUAUUUACGUUUAAAGCGCCAAUUUUUUCAUUUUUGUAAAU